AUGAAAGUGUUGGGAAUUUCGGUGUUCCUUUUCGCGCUCGUGUCCGGAACCGAAGCGAACUCGGCUUCAGAAGAAACAUUCCAGAUCGACGGGAAAAUCUUGCCUCCGUCGGAUUCCUUUCUCCCUUACGACACGGAAUCCGUGGAAAUCGUGGUGAAUGGACGGAAGCGAGUGAGCUUUGUGCAAAGCGACGGGACCUUUGCUGUGACCUCGAUGCCUGUGGGAUCGCAUUUGAUCGAAAUCGCGAGUCCUAACUACUUUUUCGAGCCCAUCAAGGUGGACAUUAGUGCCAAGGGCAAGUUCAGGGCGAGGAAGGUGAACCUCGUCCAACCCUCUCAGCUUAUUCAGGUUCCGUAUCCGUUGAAGCUGAAGCCGUUGGGAGCAUCGCGUUAUUUCCAGGCUCGUGAACAAUGGAGAAUAACGGACCUUAUUUACUCACCCAUGAUCAUGAUGAUGGUGCUGCCGUUGAUCUUCAUUGUGGUGUUGCCCAAGCUCAUGAGUGAUCCUGAUACCCGCAAGGAAAUGGAACAGAUGCAAAUGCCGAAAUACGAGAUGCCGGAUUUGUCGGAAAUGAUGACUUCCUUGUUCGCUGGCGACGCCAAGAAGGCGAAGCAAUCUGCUGUGAAACCGGCGCCUGUUGUGCGUCGGAAACAAUAA